AUGGGUAAUGUAGGACUCACUGCUCAUCUCCAGCUGCAGGCCUCCACUAACACCCUGGUGCAUCAUGGACGUGAGACACCGAACGGUCGGAAGCAGCCGGAAACCACAGCGAGGUAUCUGACUAAAAAUGCUACUUUCCCACGCCACCUGAAUGCAGCAGUUAUCAGAGUCAUCAUGGCAGCAAAGGAGGAGGCUCCAUCCCGGCGCUCUGUGGCUGAACUGGCAGGAAGGUUUAAAGCUCCGGCUGCUUCAACCGAUGCUGCUGCGACCGAAACAGAGAAGCCGGUCAGACGACGACCUCCUCGAACCUUACAGCUGACCAAACCACCAGCAGACGACCAGGAGGCUCCAGAGGUCACGUCUCCUCAACCCGGCAAAGUGAAGAGGAACUCUGCUCUCAUCGAGAAGCUUCAGGCCAACCUGGCUCUCUCUCCGACGGCCCUGCUUCCGUCUCCAAAGAGUCCCGGCUUCAGGAUGCUGCCUGCGGGCUUCGUCCUCCCCGCCCCCGUCUCCGCCCUGGAAACCACGGUAACCACCUCCUCCACGGCGACCCCCACCAAUCCCGUCUCCCUCAGCCCCGCGACCGCAGAGGAACUGCCCACUUCUUUUGAAGAGCCUCCCACUGCGGCGGAGGGAUCCAUCCUGCCGAGCAUCAACAAGGGCAGAGCUCGUCACUCCAUCCGGCGACGGCCUCCAUCCCGCCGCCACAGGAAGACCAGCAGCGAGGAUGAUGGCGGCGUGACCAACGAGGGAGAAGACACAACCCCAACCUCCCCGACCGAGCCGACCGAACCCAACGACAAAGUGGCAGAAGAAGGAGGAGGAGGAGAGAAGAAGGAGGGAGGAGGAGGAGGAGGAGAGGAAGACAAAACAGACAGUCAUAAGAAAGAUGAAUCCCCCAAAGAAGAUCAGCCAAAGGACGGGAUCGAGCUCCAAGGAGAAGACGAGAAGAAGGAGAAAAAGGAGGAGGAGAAGAUGGAAGUGGAGAAGAAGGAGGAGAAGAAAAAGGAGGAGAAGAUGGAAGAGGAGAAGAAAGAGGAGAAGAAGGAGGAGGAGGAGAAGAUGGAGGAGAAGAAUGAUGGAGAGCAGGUGAAGACAGAGGAGAAAGAUCAGGAGGAAAACUCAGGAGAGAACCAAGAAGACCAGACGAGUGCAGAGUCAGACGUCAACGAUGAACGGAGCGAGGAGAUGAUGAGUGAGACUUCGGUCUUAUGAGGAGUCGGACGUCCGGUGGAGUUGGAGCGCCGGCGUCACGGAGAUCUACACGACAAACCUGCUUUACUACACGACACGCCGCCCUAACCUCUGACCUCUGACCUCUGGUGCCUAACCCACCCACCCAUCUGCUCAUGCCUACACCUGACCAAGCCGGGUGUCGUGUAGUAAACCGGGUAUGUCGUGUUGAUACUGCCUACGUGGAGCCACAAGGAGGCCCUUGCAGCGUUGGGGGGGAAC